AUGGGCCUGUGCUGGAAUGUGACUUCCCCUCCCACCUGCCUUGAGGGUGACAGAUGCCCGGUGAACCUGGAGAAUCUGUACCAUGAGGCAACAAGCUUGUCUACAGCCAUGUACGCCAGAUCUUUUCUACUGAUUCGGGAUUUUAAAAAGCAGUUUUCCCGCAGCCCAUCUUUCUUCAAACCAGCCAUGAAAACGUGCCACACCUUUAUCAUCCGUACUCCAGCAGGGAGGAGAGAGGCCAAGCAAAUGCAGAAUAAAGAUAUUAUCGAUAUGGUGCUCCGCUUGCUGCAUUCCUGGAAUGAACCCCUGAGGUACCUGACCCAGGAAGCAAAACACCUGCCAAAAUUCAAUCAUUCUCUCACACUCCAAGCAGAGAUUAUUGCUGAAGAAAACUACGAACUUCAAGAUAUCACAAGUGAGAUAGCCAGCAAGUAUGAUACUGAAAUUGCAGAAAAUGUGGACUAUGCUUUGUGGCCAGGACUUCAAGUCUUUAAAUCCUUUGAAGAACCGACUCGCCUGUUUACAUUUUACAACACCCUGCACUGCCUAUUCGGUGAUGCAGGGAGAAUCAGCAUUCUUCUGCAGCACCUGAAGUGUCAGGAAUCUACUGAAGAAAACUGCAAGCUCUCUAUCUGCUCAUUUCAUUUCUAA